AUGUCUAAAGCCAGCGAGAAAGAACAAUGUGCGGCGUUCCGGUAUGUGAUCGGACAAGACGGGCAAGACAUCUAUAACACAAUGAAGUUUACAGAGGCUCAAACGGACAAAAUCGACGUGUUAUUCGCGAAGUUUGACGAGUAUUGUGAACCCAGAAGAAACACGAUUAUGGAAAGAUACAAGUUUAAUACGCGAGUGCAAAGAGACGACGAAACAGCCGAUCA